UUAAAGAAAUUUUAAACAAUUGUAAAACUUUUAUCAUUUGCAACCCUGUGCUUACAAACGAGUCUCGAAAAUACAACCCUGCGCGCUUGCAAUUCUGAUUGGGAGCAAAUGACAUAUUCGUCAAAUAGGGAAAAGCGCAAAAGAAACGGUAAAAUGAUUUUCAUUGAAUGAAAAUUGCUCGAAGAUGCAAAUACGGUGAAUGCACGGAAUUUUUCGCCGUCGGUCGCAGUUAAACAAAAGAAGUUAAAAAUACAUAUGAAAUAAAUAAAGCAACGACUGUUGUAAGCGUUUGUAAAAUGUCAUAAUACAAUAAUAACGAAUUGUUUGUGCGCUAGUGAAGUAAUUAGUUGAGAAAAAUCGUUUGUGUAAUUCGGUGCAGUGCGAAACAAAAAAGAUUUUGUAUAAAAUACGCUGGAAGCCCACCGAAGGCGGAAGGUGUAUAAUAAAUUGUCUAAAUAAGUUGAAAAAAUUGCAAAUUUAUUAGUAGUACGUUUUGCAUAAUUAUUAUAACGGAACAUAGUGCAUAUUUAACAAUUAGAAAUUAGUACACGCAGCAGCGUAGCGCUCCUGUGCAAAAAAUCGCAACCAAGGCCAACUUGCCAAAAAUAGAUACAUGCAAGUGCAUCUAACUAGCUGAUUGUGCGUGGUUGGUUUUGUUUAACGUGUUACGUGACACGCCAAAAAAACAUUUUUACAUAAAUAUAAUAUAAUAAAAUUUUGGAAUGUUUAACAAAUAACAAUUUGCGAGUAAAUUUUGCAAAAUUCGUGUAAGUGCGUUUAUUAAGCAUCAAACCACAAGAGUCUUCAUUCAUUAUAUGACACAACAACAAACGUCGUCAUCAAGCCGUACAUUAUUUUGCCAGUUCAUGUCAACGGAUUGCAUUUAGGAUUUUUAUCUACUUUUAUCAUUUACAUUUGCUUGUUCCCACAGUAUUAUAAGCAAUUGAUUGGUUACUCCAUAACAAACGUCAACGACCACCACAGCUAUGGCACAAAUGAAAACAAACAAACUGGAAAAUAAUUAAAACAAACAUCACCCACUGAAAAGAAUCUACCCAGAUGUAAUAUAACCGUAUGUAAAUAUUGAAAUUGCGAAUGCGUAAGGCGGACGACGGACGGCGGACAGCUAGAGUGAAUGCGAAUACACGUCAACAACGUCUGGCGGCAUCGCAAGCUUUAGCAACAUUUUCGCAAUGUCUAAGCACCCACACUGCUGAACUAACUGUAAACUGUAAAAAAAUGUAAAAAUCAGUGCAUUGAAAGUGAAAACAGAAAAUUGCGAAUUCAACGACGACGCGCUUACGGCUCGCCCCCCUACGCAGCGCGUCAUGAUUUCCAUUUCAUUUGAUGUAAAUAACAAUUGUAAAGAAAGUGCGCGCCACAGUCGCUGCCGCCACCGUCGCACGCCAUGAACACGGCAAAAACUUAAUGAAACUACAGCUGUCCGUAUACCAUAUAUGUGUGUCUCUGUGUGUGUAUGUGUUUUGUGAAAAUCGAAAUUGUAAAACGAAAUCAGUGCAGAAAACUGAACGAGUGAGUGAAUUGCAAGCGGCAGCUAAGAAUAGCACACAGCACCGGACCGAGUGCAGGCCAAUCUCCGACCCGGCGCAUUCUACAGACAACACGCUUCGCCACAACCUCGCAACGCCGCAAGCUCGGCAGUUUAUAAGGCGGGGUGGGACACUUUUGCGCUGCUGUAGUUUGACGUAGAAUGCUAUCCAAUUUUCACAAAUUAAUGCGGUGCUCUUCGAGCGUAUUGCAAUCAAAACCACCUGUGGGGGGUGGCCGCAAUGGCGGCGGCGGCGGCGGUGGUGUUGGUUUUGCCGCCGGUGUUGGUGUAACCAAUUCACCAGCCUCACCUUUCAACAUCAACGAUGACGAUCCCAACAUAGCCACUUGCUCCGGCCGUGGCGACUGUCUGAAUGGCACAUGCCUCUGUGAGAUCCGCUACGCUGGCGAUGAGUGUAGCGGCUUCAAUUUGCCAUACUACGCCGGCAUCUCGGCUGUUUUUUACUUUGUCGCUUUGGUGUCCGUCGUGCAACUCUUCAUCUGCAUUGUGGCCGAGUAUCAGCGCUUGAAACAACCAUCGCUACUGCGCGCCUGCCGGCUGACAACACAAAAGGUCCUAUACUUUUUGGUUUUCGUGGCAGCAUCACUGCGUGGCGCCUUCUUUACCACGCCGUUGGAUUUACAGCCACAAUGGGCCAUCACAUUGAUGUCGGCAUAUUAUCCGAUGUUAAUGACCUGCGCAUCACUCAUCGUUUGCAUGUGGGCUGAGAUUUUCCAUUUACGCGACAUCCGUUGGGAGAAGUCACAAUUCCUAUCGAAGAGUUUCCUCGGCUUUGUAGCAUUUAACUUAUUUCUCUACAGUCUGUUCGGCGUUGAGGUAUUCUCUUCGUUGAUCAUCGCCGAUCGCCAAAAUUAUGCGCACAUCUUCAACGGCUGUUAUGCCGUGCUCUUGCUCAUUGUGGUCGUGUUCUUUUUGAUCUAUGGUGUGGAGGUGUUUUUCAAAUUGCGCGGCGGUUUCGUUUACGAUCAAACUGGCAAAAUACUGGGGCCCAGUGAGGCGAUUGUGAAUGCCUCACAGCUGCAUCAGUCACGUUUGGGUCUCUUAUCGCAGGCGAUUAUGUUAAUCGUCAUUGUGGGCUUCCUGACCUCAGAGACUUUGGGCGAUUUCUGGAAAACCAAGGUGCCAGUGUACUCGCGCAAUUGGCAUGACAUUGUCUUCCGCAUUGUAGAGAUGGGCGUUGCUGUUUGGUUCCCCUGCUGCUUGUGGAAUUCAAUGGCGCCCGAACAGUUGUGGAUCUUAAAUCCACGCAAAUUGUUGUCGCGUCAAAUUGACCCAUCCAUACCGACCACAUCGGCGGAGACGAAGAGUCUCUCACCCGAGGAGGGACAAUCGUUUUUGACGAAAAAAGACUGUUGGAUUUGUUAUGACAGUGACAAGCCCGAGCCGCUCAUACAACCCUGUCGUUGCACUGGCGAUGUUAGUUCCGUGCAUCAUGAGUGUCUCAAACGUUGGCUCGUGGAGAGUUGUAGCUCAUCCGAUGCGCAGUUGUCGUGUAAAGUUUGUGGUUUUCCAUAUGAAAUUGAGAAGAGCAAAAAACUCGACUGGGAGAAGGGCUUCAACAUGCAACACUGGACCAAGACAAUCAUACUGAUCACACUGAUGUGCGUCGCCGGCGCCAGCGCCUGGGUGGUCAUACAACUCUACGUCGAUCCGCUGGUACGCGUACUCACCGUCGGCAUUGCCGUGCUCAUUGGCUAUGUGUGCGUUAAGUGUCUGGGCGAGAACACAGUGGUGGCCUAUCAACGCGCCAAAGUCAGCUCUAUUAAUAUAGUGACGAAAUCGGAAAUGGAAAAGCUGCACACCAUCUGUCAAGAUGUGGGUGAACGUCCCACAACAACUGCGGCAGCAGCAGCAGCGGCCGCCGCCGCAGCCAGCAUUGCACCAACACCAACAACAUCUGCUAUGUUAGCCAACACAGUGCAAUGAUAUUGACCAUUGACGGCGAGUAGUGUUGUUGUUGAGUCGGAGCACACAAGCUUGUUGGCUAAUGAGGAGGGUGGUGGUGGUGGUGAUGAAGAGCAACAACAAAUACAGCGACACGAGCGUUUGGUGGAGUUGGAACAGGUGAAUGGGCGUGUGACAGUAGCAGCAGCCACAAAAAUAGCACCACCGAAUACGAUUAUUAGCCUAACUAAUGUAACGGAGAAGAAACGAUAUAAACACUAACUGACUAAUGGAUGAGUUGUAAAUGCAACAACAACAAUGACGAUUGCGAUUGCUGCCGAGAUGUGUUGUGGAUGUCUGCGCAUGCGUUUAAAGGCAAGUUAAUAAGUUGGACAAAGGCUGUCAAUGCAUAGCUAUGACUUUACACAACAACAACAACAACAACAGCAAUUUACUGCAACAAUUAUGAAGAAGAAAAUAUUUAGUAAUUUACAGCUAGCAAUUAAAAAAAUAAUAAUUAUAUAUAAUAUAAGUACUCGUUUGAUUUAAGCAACAUUUAACGUUUAACUUUCAUACAAGCAUGAAAACAGGAAAAAAUAUGAAAUUACUCAUACAUAUAUUCGCGUGCAUUUCUCAUAUUUACAUUUACAUACAUACAUACAUACAUAUUUUUCGAUUUAAAUCUUAUUCGGAAAAUUAAAGCGGAAAAUCGCAAACUUUUUGGUUAAAUAUUUCAACGAAUUCCAUAAUUUCGUUUCUCCAUAGGUGCAAAAAAUAAGAAUUUGAUUUUUAUUUCAAAAUUCAAGGUCAUUAUUAUGUAAAAAAAAAAUAUUUUUUUUUCAAUUAUGUAAACAAAAAAAAAAAUUUAUUAGCAAACACUCAAAUAUCGCAAAUCAAAAGAUGUUCAAAUUGAAGCGUAUGCAAAAACAAAAACUAAAAAAAAUAAAUUAUAUAAUAUAUGCCAAAUCUACAUACAUACAUACAAACAUAAGCAAAUGCGUACUCAUUUUCAUUGCAAAUUAUUGUGUUGUAAAAAUGCAAUUUGUGAAAAUAAAUAAUAUAUUUAAAUAUAAAUAGUAAUAGCCAACAAAUGUCAGUAUCAUUGCAAUUGAGAUUAAUUACAGUUGUUUAAGUAAAAAUACAAAACAAAUACAAAGUAACAAUAAAAGGCUUUCAAAGUACAUUUAAAUUUACAUAUAAACACAUUUAGUAAUUAAAACUAACAUAUUAACACAAAUAAUGAAGUUUAGAGCAGGCCAAAUACACCACAUUAGACACAGCAGCGAAUUUGGUUAUAUUAAAAUAAUAAUACGGAUUAAAAAAUAAUAAUGAUAUACAAAAUUUAAUAAUUUUAUAUAAUUUCUUAUUUUAUGUCACACAAGCGCUUAUUAAAAUUAGCCAUUUUUCAAAGUUUUCAUAGUUGAAAAAAAAUUAGGAUUUACUUUAGAAAAUUAUUUAUAACACAAAUCAAAAAUUAUUUUUCAUUUCAAAAUUUUAAAUACAAGUAACACUUGCUCAAUAAAAAUUUGUCAAAAUUUGCGAGCUUUGUUUAUAAAAAUUCUGUUUAAAAAUACAUUAAAAAUUUUCUGCUAUAAAACACUUUUUUUUUUCAAAUAAAGAAUUUGUUUUCGAAAAUUAUUUAUAACACAAAUAAAAAAUAUUUUUAAUUUAAAAGCACUCACAUUUUUCAAUAUUUUAAAUACAAUUAACACUUUUUCAACAAAAAUUUGUCAAAAUUUGGGAACUUUUUUAUAAAAAUUCUGUUUAAAAAUACAUUAAAAAAAAUAAAAAUAAAAAAUAUAUUUAAUUUAAAAACACUCACAUUUUUUUAAAUUUUAAAAACAAGUAACACCUUUUCAAAAAAAUUUGUCAAAAUUUGGAAACUUUUUUAUAAAAAUUCUGUUUAAAAAUACAUUAAAAAUUUUCUGUUUUUCCAUAAACAUAAAUAGAAAUUAUAUUUAUUGAACAAACUAUUAGGCAAAAAUUCAGCUUUAUUUAAUAAAAUCAUUAUUUCGAUUGCAAUAAAAAUCGAGUAUCAUUAUUUACUAAAAUAAUAUUUUUUUUGGAAAAAAAAAAUUAAGCAAAUGUUCAUCGUAAUUUAAGAAAAUUAUAAUUUCUGUGAUUUUAAAUGUAUACAAUUAAUAAAAAUUAUAAACUUUCAUAAAAAAUAUGUUUCUUUAAAUAUAUAAAUUAUAAUUUAACUAAAAAGUAAAAUAUUUUUUUUUUUAUUUUUUUAAUUUUAAUUUACUUGAAAUUACAUUUUUCCAGCAUUUAACUUUUGAUACACAUGAAAAUGCAGUUGAAUAUCCAUAAUUCGAACUUCUAUAACUCGAAAUUCUCCAUAAUUCGAACUCUUGAAUUGGCAAUAGAAGUCAAAUUUCAUACAAAUUACCUGCCAUAACUCGAAGUUUUUUUGUGGAUCAUGGUUAUUCGAGUUAUGGAAGUUCAAAUGUAUUUUGAAAACAAAUUAAAUUUUUAAAUAUUUCCAAUACUCAAAUCAAAUCUUAAACUUUUCUCAAGAAAAUAAAUUUUUAAUCAUAACAGCGGCAAUAUGUAAAGCUUAAGUCGACUUCAGUUAUUGUGCAUAAUUUGAGGUAUCCUAAGGGUAUUGGAGGUUUCUAUUCGAAACUCGCUUUCAUAUUUUAUAUUACUACGAAUUUAAGAAGAGAAUAAUUUAAAAUUAUAAAAUAAAAGCUCCAGCGUUUUCUUAGAAAUCACUUAAGUCGAUUUCGACCAAUUUAGCAUAUUGUCGCAUAAAUAUUAUUUGUAUACAUAAGACUGCUGGUUUUGUGGCAUAAAUUUACUUUUUUAUGCUUUUGAGAAUUUAUUUUAACUUUUUAUGAAUUUGCUCUAUCGAGAAUAAUAUUAACGCUGUGUCGUUUAAUGGGUGUAUUUGGCGAUUUUUAAUAUAAAGAGAGCAUAACUAAAAUAUUUUGAUUUUUUUUAAUGUAAAAAAAUAUUUUAUUUAAUUACUAAAAAAAAUAUAUUUUUUCAUUUUCUAAAUUUCAUUUUCUAAAAAAAAUAUAUUUUUUUUAGUAUUUUUUUUUUAUAUAAAAAAUAUAUUUUUUAGUAUUUUUAUAUUUUUUAUAUAUUUUUUUUUUCAAUAAAAAAAUGUGUAAAGGGUUUUUCAAUAAGGGCCCAACAAACUUGGUUUUCAAUUAAUCGAUCCUGAUAUUCGCUGUGUGGCUUGUGGCGCCGUUCUGUUGGAACCACAUAUUGUUCAAGUCCGUAUCGUUUAAUUUGUGCCAAAAACAUGCGGUUAUCAUUGAGCGGUCAGACAGAACGAUUAUGAUGACCUUAAUUAAAGUUGUGGCGCUCUUAAAGUUAUGGCCACUGACUCCGAAUUUCGGUAGUACAUUUUGAUAAUUUCGACUCGUUGGAUCGUAUAUCUCUCAAUGAUAACAUGACAAAUCAUACUGAAUAAAAAUAUGGCGUAAUUUGCUGUUCCUAUCGGUCUACUUUUGUAGCGUCACUUUUGAAAAACCCUUUAUUAAUUGCUCAAAAAUGUAAAUUAAAUAAUAAAAAAUCUUAGUUAUGCGCUUUUUUCGUUUCGAACUAACAAAAUUUUACAAAAAGUACUAAGUGCAUAUUAAUAUUACAUAAAUAUUUAAAUUAUGCUUUCUAGUAGUAUCACUUAAUUUUUUAACUUUGGUUUUUGCUUUGUCUAAUUUUCGAAACAUCAAACACCCUUUCACAUCUAAAUUGUUUAAUUGUACUAAAGCUUUCAAAACAAUGCAAAAAAAACAAAAAAAUAAAAAAAUGAGUGUUAAAUAAAAAAAAAUUAUGUGGUUUUCGAAAACUGAACUGUUGCUAUGCAUUUAAGUUAAUACAAAUGUGUAGUUUUCGUAAACAACAAACGCUCUGUAGCGAAAUGUUGAAAAAUUGCGCUCAAACAAACAGACUUAUAAUAUUAAUUUGGAAAAAAGAAAUAAAAAAAAUUUAAAAUAAAUAAAAAAUAAAACAGAAAUAAAAACAAAAAUUUAGUAUUUAAAUAUAAAAAAAUAUUAAUAAUAAUAAAGUAAAAAAUAUUAAAUGAUUUAAAAAUUGGAUAUGGGCAAACAAUUAACUUUCUAAUAAAAAAAGAAAUAAAAAAAAUUGAAAAUAAAUAAAAAAUAAAACAGAAAUAAAAACAAAAAUUUAGUAUUUAAAUAUAAAAAAAUAUUAAUAAUAAUAAAGUAAAAAAUAUUAAAUGAUUUAAAAAUUGGAUAUGGGCAAACAAUUAACUUUCUAAUAAAAAAAAAAUUAAAAGCAAAAUUGAAAAACUAAAAAAAAUUACACUUGACUUAACAAAUUGUGCAUAAAUUAAUAACAAAUAGUAUUCAGUUCAUGCAUUGUACGCAUUACACUGUGCAACAUAAAAAAAUUACAUAUGUACAUACAGAAAUUCAUGCAGUAUGCAAAAGUCAAAUCAUCACACAACAGAGUACGAAUAUUAUUUAAUAAUAACUACUUACAUACAUACAUAUGUAUAAUAUAGAAUUUAUAAUGUUUAAACGAUAACACAGAAAUAAUAUUAUUUUUAAUACGAAUUAUAUUUAAGUGCUAGUUAAGUUAAAUUAAAAUAACGAUAAAUACAACAACACAACUCUUUGCUAGAGAGUAAAACGAGAAAGUUGAAAAAUAAAAAAAAUAAUUAAAAAAAAAAAUAAAUAAAAGAAUUAAUAUAAUAAAUAAUCAGAAAACAAAAUGCAACCCUGCAAACACGUUGUACACACACACAACAAAAACACGUAUUAAAAUUAAAUUUAAUAAUAUUAAAAAAUAAUGCAAAUUUAAUUGUAAACAAAUUAUUGUGAUAGCAGCAUACAAUUCAUUCAUUCAUUCAUAAAACAAAAUAUAUAUUAAUUAAAUGCAUGUAAGAAAUUUUACAAAAACAAAAUGAAAAUGAAAACAAAUAUUUAAGAAAUUUAGCAAA